AUGGACGUAUGGCGAACGGAUUAUUGGUUACCGCGAGGUGUCAACUGGGAUGAACUACCUGUGAACUUCUCCGAUCUGCUCUAUCCGAUCUAUUUCUCUUUACCUCUCAUCGUAUUCAGGAUCUUUUUUGAGUCUUUCGUUGGUGUUCCACUCGGUUUUGCCCUCGGAUACUAUGGAAACGUGUCACUUAUUCGGACGACGCGUUCUAAACGAGUACUCGAAUGCUUCUGGAGAUUCAGCUACUAUACAUUUUCCUUCGCCUAUGGAUGCAUGGUGUUGUGGGACAAAUCGUGGUUAUGGGACGUCAAGCAGUGCUGGAUUGGAUAUCCAUUUCACACGAUUGACAAAAGCAUAUGGUGGUACUAUAUGGUUGAGACGUCGUUCUAUUACUCGCUAGUGCUCGCUUCUUUUUUCGAUGUCAGGCGAUCCGAUUUCUGGCAACUAAUGGUUCAUCACAUCGUCACAAUCGGUCUUCUCUCUAGCAGCUUUACUAUCAAUUUCGUUAGAGUUGGAACACUUGUGCUGAUCUCACAUGAUAUUGCUGAUAUCAUACUAGAAUUCGGUAAACUUACACGAUACGAUAGAAAUCUGAAGAAUGCGACGAAUAUUUGCUUCGUUGUAUUCUUGACUUCAUGGAUUGUUACUCGUCUAGGCUACUAUCCGUUUGUUAUUGUUCGAUCAGCGCUAUUAGAUGCAGCCAGCUUAAUCCAACCUGACUACGAGUUGCUGAAUCCUACGCAAGUACCAUAUGCUCCACGCGUUAUUAUUCUUAUGCUGUUCACAUUGUUGAUUCUUCACAUUUUCUGGACCGUCAUCAUUAUGAAAAUUGUUGUGAAAACUGUCACCUAUGGGGAAGCUGGCGAUGUUCGAUCCGAUUCCGAAGCUUCUGAAACUGAUGAAUCCCAGAAGUUGGUCAAGGUGCGUUUUCUCGUUAUUUCCCAUUGCCAUGAUUUUCGAUCUUACUUGAUUUAG